AUUAGAUGCUUGCUUGAGGGCGGGUUACCGGUGCACCGGUCGUACUUUCGUUUUCAAAGUCUGAACUUCCAACCCCGAAGCUCGGCCUUAACCUUGUUAUGAGCAAAGGCACCGAUGAGCAAGCGCUAGGUUCAAGGUACCCUGCUGUCGGUACUGACUCAAGAGGCAAACUACCUAAGGCUCAUAUUAUUCCUAAGCGAGUUGCUUGCAACCCAGGAGAUGUAUAAAAAGCACUCUCUUGACCACUCCUACAAAGUUCAUCAUCUCACCUCCCACCUCUCAUUGUCGUUCACGAGCGCCAAUUCUUCCAUAAGCGAGGUCCUCUAUCCUGCCUGUCGUUCAGCCGCCGAAUCCAAAAUGGCCACUACACAAAGUCAAAUGGCCUCAGCCAAACGCGGGCUUUCCGCCGGUGCCGCCAUUGUACUACCGUUGACAGAGUUAAACCUUGCUAUCCAUAACAACCGUGUACACCCACAAGAGCUGACCCACGAAACAAUCCGCGAGUGGGCAGAAACAGCCAAGGCGACGCACCUAUACCCUGUAGAACAAGUUGCUGAUGGCUUGCCUUGCCUACUCGAUGGUGAUAAGCCCAUUGAGGAGAACGCCUCGGAGGGCUUCUUUGAGGGUAUAGAAGGCUCCACAUCCUUACAGUCUACAACUCCGGCCAGUCGUGAACCGACCUGGAGAGUGCGGCCUUGGGCGCCGAACCCAGAUGGAAGCAGAAACGUCGUGAAUAAACCACUGGCGAGCGAAGCGACGAGGGUUGAGGGCUCGAGGACUGAGCAGGAGGACUGUGGGAUACAGUCCGAGGAUCACGAAGCGUCUAGUGACUGGGUCGUCCUAACAACGUCUCCUGCGUCAGGCGAUACGAUUAUACUCCCAAACGUGACACCCAAGCAGAAGAGCGGUUCCGAUACUUGA